AUGGAUUACUUUAUCAACCGGAAUGGGCUACAGUUAUCAUAUAGUCUAUCAAUAAAAAACCAAAAUGACAGAAAAAUCUGUCUCAUUUGUCAAUGGUUUUUUACCGAAGUUUUGUUUAAUUAUGAUUUUCUUAUCGAAUUUUUAGAAGCAAAUACAUUUAAAUUUUUUGUCCAAGGCUGUGGAAAUAGCGAAGGAGAGUACUCAUAUGGUGGACAUGAAAGGGACGCUGGAGAUAUUGAUGAUGCUGUGAAAUUCUUGGUUUCCCAAGGCUACGAAGUACAAGCAGUUAUUGGACACGCAAAAGCCGCAAAUGAGGCUAUUAUUUAUUCAGCACUCUAUGGAGAUGUCAAAAAGAUAAUCGCUCUAGCUCCUUCAGUUGAAAUGAGAACUUUUAAAUGGCCAGGUUUUUUCUAUGAAAGUGUUGGAAAAAUUCAGAAUUCUGGGGAAGUCAGGCAUACAGUUCUUGGAAAGGAAUACAGAUUUACAGAAGAAAUGCUCAAUGAAAUAAUGAGUCUUGAUAUGAAUAAUUAUUGCGAAAAAAUAAAAGGAGAUAUUUACAUAAUCCUCGGAACUGAUGAUGGGCAUAUCUCAUGCUCGGAUAUAGCGGAAUAUUGCAAGGAAUUAGGAGGAAAAUGCAAAGGUCUUUUUAUGUUAGACAGCUCUGAUCAUUUCUUUACAACAGAAAUGGAUGAAGUUGUUGAGAUAUAGCCUUGGCUUGAGAUCAAGCCUUUAUCUUUCUGAUUCGCUCAUGAUACAGAUUCUAAGGUUUAAAAAAAAUUAAAUAAAAACAGUUAUGAUUGUUUUUGAAAUAUGAGGAGGGGGCAAGCAAGUAGAAGAAUGGCCCUCUAAUUCAUAAAAUAAUAGAAAGCUAA